UGUGUGUCUCUCUAUCCCUUACUGAACAAUAUGUCGAGCAACGAUCCCGAGCACCGUGAAGAGGAGGAAGCCCCUACCGGCGAUGAUGAAGAUACUGGAGCUCAAGUUGCUCCGAUCGUCAAACUUGAGGAAGUUUCCGUCACUACUGGCGAAGAAGACGAAGAUCCUAUUCUCGAUCUGAAAUCUAAGCUCUACCGUUUCGAUAAAGAUGGCAAUCAAUGGAAGGAGAGAGGCGCCGGUACUGUCAAGUUCCUGAAGCACAAGGUUACUGGGAAAGUUAGGCUUGUGAUGAGGCAGUCGAAGACGCUCAAGAUCUGCGCCAAUCAUUUCAUUGUUCCGUCAAUGACCGUGCAAGAACAUGCUGGGAAUGAGAAAUCUUGCGUUUGGCAUGCUAGUGACUUCGCCGAUGGUGAACUGAAGGACGAACUUUUUUGCAUUCGAUUUGCUUCAAUUGAAAACUGCAAAAGCUUUAUGGAAACAUUCCAAGAAGUUGCUGAAUCUCAGAAGAAGAAAGAGGAAAACAAAGAUGCAUCUUCUGCUGCUGGUCUCCUUGAGAAGUUGAGUGUUGAAGAGAAGACCGAGAAGUCUGAGGACAAAUCUGAGGAGCAAAAAGACGCACCUAAAAAGGAAAGUAAGGAUGAACCAGAGAAAACGGAUACAGAGAAGAAAACCGAAGAGCCAGCUUCAUCAGCUUGAGUAUAGUCUCUUGUUCUUUCGUACUUCCUGGCAACAUGAAAGGUUAGGUGGUUGGCUGCAUAUCCACCCAUAUCUUGAGUUAUGCAUACUUGUAGUCUUCGGACUGUGUCAGUCAUGGCCAUGAAAUUGAGCGAGUCCGUGGCUUCUGUCGAGUCUUUUAUCAGCAAGCAAAGUUUGGGUCAAGUUUGAAUUAUAUUGAGGGUUGUGCUUUUGGGGUCUGGGCGUCUAUUGUUACUUCCGUCUAUAUUGUGUAUUUGUUGCGAGUAAUGAGUCAGUCGUGCUGUUUGUAAGGGGGAGACGGGGCCAUAGUGAAAGUUAUUUUUUUUAAAAAAAAGGGGGUUUUGGAUACAAAUGGUUUGAGUUUCCCAUUUUUUUAACAGACUCAAACUCCAUGGUAAUAUAUUCCCUUCUCUGCUGCCUUUCAUGAGCUCCAAAGCCUCUCUUCCCUUCACUACUAGCUUUCAUUUUUCUUGUUGCAGAAAUGUUCUGUCAAAUAAAAGCCUUUGGCUCAUGUUUUUAAUAA